AUGGCAUCAUCUCCAAAAUCUCCUUCGUCAGACGAUCGUAUGAACGACGCGUCUUCGACAGAUGAUGAAGAGGCCGAUGCUCGUCGGACAACUGAUCUGCGCGAGCGUGAUGCAUUCGCCAAACGACUUCGUGAACGUGAUGAAGAACAAACGAAAAAAAGAUUCAGAACUGAACCUGUUGCACAUGACCCCGAUCGAUCGAAAUUGUCGGUUCAAGACUUACGGAAUAAAUCUCGUCGUGUUUAUCUAGCCAAUCGAAAAGAUAAAAAAUUGCAAGAACUUGAAGAUGAAUUGGCCGACGAAGAUUAUUUAUUCAAAGAUGUCAAACUAUCCAAACGUGAACAGCAAGAAAUCCAAGCGAAGAGAUAUGCUUUGUACCUUGCACGUGAACAUGAAAAAGCUGAACAAAUGGAAAAUGUCGAACGUUACCAUAUGCCAACUGGCAAAAGCGAAGAUACUUCGAAAGCUGAUCGAUAUCGAGAGGAUAUGCGUUCUGCGGACAAUAAAUCUCAUGCACAAAAUUCAGAUCAGCGGCGAUGGGAAGAUGAAGUGAUUCACACUGCUAUAUCACAUUAUGGCUCUUUAGAUAAAGAAGCGAAAAGUAAACAACCGAAAUAUGAUUACAUUCUUGAUGAGGAGAUUCAAUUCGUUCAACAACUGACAAUUCCUGGUGUGAAUGAAAUUCUGCAACAACAGAAAGAAAAAGUUAGAAAUAAUGACCAACAAGAAGACGAACAUAAACGUAAACAGCGAACAUUACAAGAAACACGGAAGACAUUGCCAAUUUAUCAGUUUCGAGAAGAUCUGAUGAAGGCAAUAUGCGAUCAUCAAGUUUUGAUCAUUGAAGGAGAAACAGGUUCCGGCAAAACAACUCAAUUGACUCAAUAUUUGUAUGAAGAAGGUUAUUGCGAAGCCGAUAUCGAAGAAGAUGAAGAGGAUGAAGAUGAUGAUAACGAAGUUAAUUUACCUGGCAUGAAGAAGAAAACGAAAAAGAAGAUGAUGAUCGGUUGUACUCAGCCUCGUCGUGUUGCUGCUAUGUCCGUUGCCGCACGUGUCGCUGAAGAAAUGGAUGUGAAAUUAGGUCGUGAGGUUGGUUAUUCAAUUCGUUUCGAAGAUUGUUCAUCUGAUCGUACUGUGAUUAAAUAUAUGACCGAUGGUAUGUUGCUGAGAGAGUUUCUUGGUGAACCCGAUCUUGCUUCAUACAGUGUCUUGAUUGUCGAUGAAGCGCACGAGAGAACUUUACAUACGGAUGUGCUAUUCGGACUAGUGAAAGAUAUCGCACGUUUUCGACCGAAACUUAAACUACUGAUAUCAUCUGCAACAUUGGAUGCGGAUAAAUUUUCGCGAUUUUUCGAUGAUGCGCCCAUUUUUCGUAUUCCCGGUCGUCGAUUUCCUGUGGAUAUUUACUAUACAAAAGCACCCGAAGCCGAUUAUAUUGAUGCCGCUGUUGUGACUGUCCUACAAAUUCAUGUCACUCAACCAUUAGGCGACAUUCUCGUUUUUCUUACUGGCCAAGAGGAGAUUGAAUCUUCAAACGAAAUGUUACUCGAAAGAACAAGACGACUCGGCUCGAAAAUCAAAGAAUUAAUUAUCCUACCAAUUUAUUCCGUUUUACCCUCGGACAUGCAGGUGAAAAUCUUUGAACCAGCUCCACCCGGUGCGCGUAAAGUCAUUUUGGCUACUAAUAUCGCAGAAACAUCAUUAACUAUUGAUGGAAUUCAUUACGUUAUUGAUCCAGGAUUUUGUAAACAGAAAACUUACAAUGCGCGAAACGGUAUGGAAGCAUUAACGAUAACUCCAAUUUCGAAAGCUUCAGCUGAUCAACGAGCGGGUAGAGCUGGACGUGUCGCUCCAGGGAAAUGUUUUCGAUUGUAUACAGCUUGGGCAUAUCAGCACGAAUUGGACAAUAAUACAAUACCUGAAAUUCAACGAACAAACUUGGGCAAUGUAGUUCUACUACUGAAAAGUUUAGGUAUCAAUGAUUUAGUUAAUUUUGAUUAUAUGGACCCUCCACCCAUGGAAACAUUACGUCUAGCAUUUGAACAACUUUAUGCGCUUGGUGCAUUGAACCACAAAGUCGAAUUAACAAAACUGGGUCGUCGUAUGGCUGAAUUCCCACUUGACCCAAUGUUAUCCAAAACGAUUCUCGCUAGCGAAACAUAUAAAUGUUCGGCAGAAAUUCUAACGAUUGUUUCUAUGCUUUCGGUCAAUAACUCAAUAUUUUUCCGUCCAAAAGACAAAAUGCUUCUAGCUGAUACUGCUCGUCAAUCAUUUUUCUCACCGGGUGGCGAUCAUCUGUCAUUACUGAAUGUUUACAACCAAUGGAAAGAUACAGAUUAUUCCACGCAGUGGUGCUUUGAGAAUUUUAUUCAAUUUCGUUCGAUGAACCGUGCUCGUCAAGUUCGCGAUCAGCUCGAAGCUUUAAUGGAACGUGUCGAAAUCGAUAUCCAAUCCAAUCCAGCUGACACUGUCGGUAUCCGAAAAUCCAUCUGUGCUGGAUUUUUCUAUCACACAGCGAAGUUUUCGAAGAAUGGAAUGUACAAGACAGUUCGUCAUCAGCAAAGCGUCUUGAUCCAUCCAAAUAGUUGCUUAUUCGAUCAAAUUCCACGCUAUGUUAUCUACUUCGAACUCGUUCUUACCACAAAAGAAUAUAUGAGACAGUUGAUCGAAAUUGAAAAUGAAUGGCUACGCGAAACGGCACCACAUUUUUAUAAGACGAAGAAGUUAGAUGAUGACGAAAGUGUGAAGAAGAUGCCGAAAGUUAUAGGCAAAACGAAAGCAGAACUUGAACGUAGAUAUGACUGA